AUGGAGACGUAUUACGGUCGUGUCCGCUCUUCUCAGGAUGCUAGGAUCUUGUUUGAGGCCUGUAGCAUGGGUUUGCUGUCGUGUGUUACUAGGUGUCUCUCGACCGAGGAACAGCUUUCGAUUCGACCCGGUUCCGUGUUUGUCUGGGACGAGCACAAAGCAGAUAUCCAGAUUUGGGUUGAUGGGAGGCAAUGGAUCCCCUGUGAGGAUUCCGCUAGCCCUGAGGCUUAUCGGGAGAUAAACCAUGGGAACAUUCCCAAGGGGAAAGAUAGGCAUGAUUGCUACCAGCCUGAUGGCUUGAUCAGGCAGCAUUUCGGAAUUAUACUGCCGACCGGUCAGAAUCUGCAAAUGAUUUCCUACUACUCUGAAUCCGACAGCUUUGACCUCCAGACGCCAUGGGAGGAACCAAGCCUG